AUGAAGGCCUCACUCCUUACGUGGUCAUUACUUUCCUUGCUGCUAAAACCUGUUAUCUCUACUUCGGCGGGGGAAUCUGGGCCGAUACCAGAGCCGCGAGUGCUCCCCAGGGCAGAGAAGCCGAUUGCCCUAGAUGAAAGCCCUACGGUUUUUAAUGGAAUCGAAGUGCCUCCAAUGAAGAAACUAACGGAAUCUAAUUUUGAUGAAACUAUCAAGGAAGGUUACUGGUAUUGUAUAUCUGUCGCACCAACAUGGCAAACAUUAUAUGAAUUCUACUAUACCUCAAACCCCCUCUCAACGUCGACAUCUAAACAAACGCAAGACACCACUUCGUCCCUUAACUCCUUUCAACGUUUCUACGAUUUCAAUUUCGCAGCUAUGGACUGCAUUGCCAACGCGGAUAAGUGCCAGAGCCUCGGAAUCAAUGCGUUCCCUAUGUUCACACUCUACUACAGGGGGGAACAGGUAGAGACUUUUACAGGCAAAAAGUCGAUUGCAGGAUUGAGCAAGUUUAUCGAAGCGAAACUCGAAAAAAUUAAGCCUGGCUCAAGACCUCUCAAUGACCUACAGCUACCGAAGCCUGGCGACACUAAGGUUGGCACCGUAGCCACUGCUGAGGAAGUAGGUAAACCAGAAACCAAACCACAAGCUAAACCAGAAGACGAACCGGAAACAAAGACCGAACCACCUAAGGAGAAGGCCUUUCAUAUGAAGCCAAAAAGGCCCAAUGGAACCCUGCCCAAUCCUCAAGGCACAUCGAUACCGCUCACAGCCGAAAGUUUCCAGAAACUCGUCACAAACACUCAAGUUCCAUGGUUUAUCAAGUUCUAUGCACCUUGGUGUAGUCAUUGUCAGGCCAUGGCUGCGUCGUGGCAACAGAUGGCUAAAGACAUGAAAGGCGUCCUAAAUGUUGGUGAAGUUAAUUGCGAGACAGAACGACGCUUGUGCAAAAAUGCUCGCGUAGAAUCUUUCCCUACUAUCUAUUUUUUCAGAGGUGGGGAGCGUGUUGAAUACAACGGACUCAGAGGUUUGGGCGACCUGAUCAGCUAUGCCAGAAAAGCCGUGGAUGUUGUUGGCAAUGGUGUUCAAUACGUUGACGCUGCCGCUUUCAAGAAAAUGGAAGAAACUGAGGAGGUUAUUUUCUUAUACUUCUUCGACAAGGCGACUACAUCAGAGGACUUUGCGGCUCUGGACCGCUUGACUCUGAGCUUGGUUGGGCGUGCAAAGCUAGUCAAGACUGACAGCGAUGCUCUUGCUCAGAGAUUCAAAAUUUCCACAUGGCCUCGCCUUCUCGUCUCGAGAGACGGAAAGGCCAGUUAUUACAGCGCACUUGCCCCUAAAGAUAUGCGAGAUUUCCGACAGGUGCUCUCUUGGAUGGAAAGUGUUUGGUUACCCAUAGUUCCAGAGCUCACCGCUGCUAAUGCUCGCGAGAUUCUCGUUGGCAAAUACGUAGUGCUUGGUAUUCUCAGCCGUCUGCGCUCAGACGAAUUCAUCCAGGACAAGAAGGAGCUGAAAAAUGCAGCGCUUGAGUGGAUGGAUAAACAGACAAAAUUGUUCCAGCUUGAGAGGCAGGAACUUCGGGACGCGAAAGAACUGCGUAUCGAAGAAGCAGAAGACAGAAAUGACCAACGGGCACUCCGUGCGGCAAAAAACAGACAAAUUACCAUCCGCGAGAGCGACAAAAAGCAGGUCGUUUUCGCAUGGGUGGACGGUAUCUUCUGGGAUCGAUGGAUUCGGACAACGUACGGAAUUGACGUGAAAAACGGUGAACGUGUUAUCAUCAUUGACGAAGACAACCGUCGAUACUGGGAUACCUCCCCUAGCGGUGCCUACAUAAUGCCAAGCCGGACCUCCAUCCUCGAAACCAUCAGUCAGGUCAUCUCGCCGUCCUCGAGACUCAAGGCGAAAUCCACCGUCGGCAUUUUCGAAAGCAUGUACUUUCGCACCCGCUCUUUUUUCCGCAACCACCCUGUCCUUUCCAUUGCCCUGUUCUUCGUUGCUCUGAUAUUUGCCUACCUCUUCAUGAAGGGUAGACAUAGAAGAAAUCGAGGUCCUGCAGGUCUACUUGGUGCAGUCACUGGUAGCUCAGGGGCUGGAUUCUUCCACCUUGAUGGAAAGGAAGGGUUACUCGGUGGUGGAAAUGGGUCAGGGAAGGUCGACUAG